ACCUCCCGCACGCGCCAGGCAGGGCUGAAAUCCCGCCGCCAAAACUCGCGAGAGGACAUGUCCGCGGCGGCGGCGGCCAGAGAGGAUUGACAGAAAGUGGGUUGAAACAGACUGUAAGGAACACUGUUACAAGUGAUUAUUACUGAAUUGCUAGACCACAAUGGAACAUAAGGGGACAGUGGACCCGGAAGAUGAUUUGGCAUUAUUACCACGCCUUGUGCCUAGUCCUCACAGUGAAGCAGUGGCCCACGAAUUUCAAGAACUCUCUUUGCAACCAGACCAAUAUUUACCUCCUCUCAAUGAAAGGAAGAGUGUUCUUCAGCUGAAGCUACAGCAAAGGCGAACGAGAGAACAGCUGGUGGACCAGGGAAUCAUGCCACCUUUGAAGAGCCCAGCUGCGUUUCAUGAGCAAAUAAAAAGUUUGGAAAGAGCCAGGACUGAAAACUUUCUGAAGCAUAAAAUACGCAGUAGACCUGAUCGAUCAGAAUUAGUCAGGAUGCAUAUUCUUGAAGAAACGUUUGCAGAACCCUCUCUCCAGGCCACUCAGAUGAAGUUAAAGAGGGCGCGACUGGCAGAUGACCUGAAUGAGAAGAUCGCUCAGAGGCCGGGCCCUAUGGAACUCGUGGAGAAGAAUAUUCUCCCUGUAGACUCCAGCGUCAAAGAAGCAAUUAUAGGGGUUGGUCAGGAGAACUAUCCUCAAACACUGGAUGAAUUCUCAUUUGAUGAAGACAGCAGCGAUGCUUUAUCUCCAGACCAGCCUGGUAGUCAGGAGUCCCAGGGGUCAACCGCUUCCCCCGGAGAGCCCAAAACAAAAGAAACACCCUCGCCGGUGACUCCAGCUUCCUCAGCCACACAGUAUCCCCCCUUAGCAAUACCAGGAACUGACUUUUUGAAGCCACCUGUCACAGAUCAGCAUGCUACACGCACAACAACAACUGCUGCUCCUCUUACCACAAAUUCUAUGACUGCCACAAAACACUGCAGUGGGCCAACACUAAUAAAGCAACCUCACCCCAAGAACCCCAGUGACAGACCCCGGAGCAAGAAAUCCAAAGAACCAAAGCCCAGAGUGAAGAAACUGAAGUACCACCAGUAUAUCCCCCCCGAUCAGAAAUUAGAGAAAAACGAGCCCCCCAUGGACUCCAACUAUGCUCGUUUGCUGCAGCAACAACAAUUAUUUUUGCAACUGCAAAUCUUGAGCCAACAGCAACAACAUUACAAUUACCAGACAAUUCUUCCUGCACCACUCAAGCAAAUAAAUGACAAACAGGGUAACACUGGGAAUGUACCACUCAAUGCUUUGAACAACAGCAUCUCUUCAGUAGCUGUCAGCACACCCAGACCAAACACUAAUAUUUCAAAUAGAAAGCCGGGACCUCUUCCUCCUAGCUUGGAUGAUUUGAAGGUAGCUGAACUGAAAAUGGAAUUAAAGCUAAGAGGAUUGCCCGUGUCUGGAACUAAAAUGGAUCUCAUUGAGCGUCUGAAACCCUAUCAGGAUCUUAACAAUAAUUCCGUUGGCACAAGUAAUACAGUGGGCGGAACUGCUUCCAGUAAUGGAACCAAUAAACCUGGAGAAGGCACUACACCGUUCCCUGCUGCGCCAUUAAAUAAGCCAGCAGUUAAUUCUGCUCCCAAUACCUCUUCAGAAACAGCACCUGUUGUUGGAACCGGCAGCAAAAUAGGACCCCUGGAACACUUGGGUUCCCCUCUGCCCAUUUCCCCUUCUCCUUCGGAACAGUCCAGUCUCGGAACGGACGAUGCCAACAUGGCUGAUACUUUGACGGAAAUCAUGACCAUGAUGUCUCCAUCGCAGUUCCCAAGCGCCUCCCCUCUUCGAGCAGCCGCACACGAAGACGGCGGGAACUCAUCCGGCAUGGACCUGGACGCCACGGAGAAGGACCGCAGGCUUCAAGAGAAAGAGAAGCAGAUCGAAGAGCUCAAAAGAAAACUGGAACAAGAACAGAAGCUGGUGGAAGUGCUGAAGAUGCAACUGGAGGUCGAGAAGAGAAGUCAUCAGCAGCAGCAGCAGCAGGCCCAACUUUCUGCUUCUAAUACGCCAAUGACUUUGAAUCCUCAGCGUAAUAGCUCUUCUGUGAAAGAAGAAAGCACCAUGGCAGACAGUGCUGAAGCAAGGCAGUUGGUCUCUGAUGCCAGCCAUGCUUUAGGGCAGCCCAGCUCAGCAGAGAUCCAAAAUCUAAUUGCCAAAAAGGCCGUGGUUAUCAAGCAAGAGUUACCUUUGGCCCAAGCUGAGCCGCAGAAUGUCAUAUCUCAGUUCUAUGUAAGUUCACAGAGACAGCCCCAAACGGCGGUCGUUGCUCAUCCUCAAGCUCUGCUGGCUGCCUCGGGGGGUGCCCAGCUGCUCCUGCCACUCUCCCUCCAGGGUCCAAAUUCAGCCACUUCGGUGCAACUGCCUGUGAGCAACAUCCAGGUUCAAACACAAGCUGGUAUUCCAACCAUCACACAAGUAUCUACUUCUAGUUUGGUCCCCAAAGUACCACAGAUGCACAUGUCAGCCCCCAAACAAAAUGCUUCUCCACAGCAUGCAGCUGGCCAAACCUCAGAGAACAGAAAGGUAUUCCCUCCUACCUCACCUAACACAGUAUUUUCCUAUCAGAAUCCGCCUGCUACAAACCUUCAGCAACCUUUGUUUAAGCCAGCAUCAAAUACGACGCCUCACUCAGGGAACCAAGCACCCUUAGUGCAUAAUGGACCAAAUCCUCUUCAGAAGCCACCUUCCCCGGCUCAGUCCCAGCAAUACCUUUUGCAACAGUCCUUGUUCAACAGUUCAGGAACCAAAACGAAAGACCCUCCACGUUACGAAGAAGCCAUCAAACAGACGCGCAGCCUGCAGUCUUCUCAACGAGAAAUUUCCAGUGCCCACAGCCAGCAGAUGGAUGAUCUUUUUGAUAUCCUCAUUAAGAGCGGAGAGAUCUCUAUGCCUAUGAAGGAGGAACCUUCUCUGAUUUCCAAAAUGAGGCCAGUGACCGCCAACAUCACUACAAUGCCAGUCAACACCGUAGUGUCACGUCCACCCCCACAAGUCCAAAUGGCCCCUCCUCUCUCCUUAGAACCAACGAGCAAUUUCUCCUUAUCUCUGGAGAACCAAUUGGAAGCUCUUCUGGAAGGCACUCUACCCUCAGGAAACGGGAUGCCUCACCUGACAGGCAGUAACGAGGACAAAGAACCUUUCUCAGUCAUUGAAGAUCUACAGAAUGACCUCCUUAAUCAUUCUGGGAUACUAGAUCACUCUCACUCCCCAAUGGAGACCUCUGACUCGCAGUUCACCCCCAGCUCAUGUUUAUCCCUCGACCUCCCAGACCCAAAUUUAGACAAUAUGGAGUGGCUAGACCUCACCAUGCCUAAUGCUUCAUCGGGAUUGACGCCGCUCAGCUCGACAGCUCCCAGCAUGUUUUCAACAGAUUUCCUUGAUCCACAAGAUCUGCAGUUGCAGUGGGAUUAAACUGAAAAAGUCCGAACCGGACUCGACCACGUUUUUAAAAGCUCCACUUAACAAUAAGGUCCAUUGUUUCACUUUCCUUUUGUUUUCAAGCUCAUCUCUAUAUAAUUAUCUUAGGGAUUUAAAAAGAAAAAGAAAGAAAUCGCAGAGCACAAGGUUUAAAAAAAAAAAAGAUUAAGAAUGUUCCAACGAGAAAAGAUUGUGAUUACUGUAAGCUUAUGAGAAUGUGUCACGAGCAACGAUUCAGGUGAGUGGGCACGUUGAGAGCAAACUGUUUGGCUUAAGAACAAUGCCGUAGCACCUUUCGGUCUCUGUGGACACUCUCAAACAAAGCUUUGAGUUACAUGGUGAGAAAGCUUUUGACUGAGCUAAAAACCAAUGGGAUUUUAUAUAAAAGGAUGAAACUAGACACUGUUUAGAUUUCUUCAUGACUUAAAAAGCUCUUUUCUCUCGCUAGUCAAUUCUUUUAAAAGACGAGCAGGUGUUUCCUUUUUUUGACUUGCCACGUUUAUUUGUGGAGCCUGCUAAACCCUAUGCAUCUUUAUUCAGAAAUAAGUUUGCUGUUCUAUUCAGAGCAGCUCUUUCUCAUAUAAGAAUGCAUAGAAUUUCAGCUUUAAACCGACCAUAUUACUUGAAAAAAGAAAAGUCUUUGAUACAUUAAAAAGGUGCUUUCGGUUAGCUUUGACAUUUGUGUGUGUGUGUGUGAUACAAAUAAUCGUAUAACCUGCAGACAGAAAGUGUGCCAUUAGGGAAAUGUUAUCUUCUAUUCUUUCAUGUAUGAAAAGGGGGACUAUCUGUGUGCAGUAGCUGAAAGAAAAAAUAAAGGAAGCCCCCCCCCCGACAGUUAUUGGCAAUGGCAAACCUUUGUAAAUUGGCAUCGUUAUCACGCGUAAUAAUCAGUUAAAUUCAGGGUAAAACUUUUAUUUAAUUUGUGCAGAGGGUAUGCAGGAACAGGUGCAUAUUGGGAAAAAUAUUUCUCACACUUUCCCCGCCCCAGUGUUUGGGGGACAUCAGUUGUCAGCUUAAAAUAUUUAAAGCACUUAAAAUCAAUGUUUUCUUUUUCAGUCUGGUGUUCCCAUCAAUUUGGUUUAGUAGGUACCCUAUGGCAUUAAAAAUAAUAAAGGUAUAUCUAUUACAGGAGAGCUGCUCUCUUUUAAAAUUUAUUAAGCCCUUUUGAAAAAAAGAAACAUGAACCAAGAAAAUUAAGGGGCACAUAAAAAGAAUAGAGGAGUAACAGACAAAUAAUAUAAAUAAGAAAAAAUGGGAUCUAAAAUGUCAGGGAGAUUAUGUUUUUUUUAGUAUGUCAUUAUUUAGAAAAUAAUUGAAAUCCCAUUUUUAAAGAAAAAAAUUAAAAAACACCAUUAAACUUUAAAUUGUGGAUGACCGGUUAAUACAGUAAAAAUUGCUAACUGGAUUAUGGAGCAUUGCUCCUGAUUAGGUUUUUUUUUUCCAGUUCAUCCACCCUAUGGAUUAUGAAUUAAGUUUCACAGUUUAAAAUUAAUAGAAUGAAUAUAUAUUCUCUAUAUAGAAUACACACACACACAAACCUAUUUUGAAACCAGCAUCAUAUUUUAAGCGAAGCCUGCAAUUUAAAACUGCUGUGAAAAAAAAAACAUAAAGGGCAAAAAUUCUGUCUGACAAAAGCAAUGUCAUGCCAUUACAAUGCAAGCCCCCAUCCCUUUUGUGCAUAAGUUGUGAAGUUGCAUACCUAUCCCAACGGAGCUGGCAAUGCUCCUUUCCUAGAUUUGACAAAAGCAAGCAGAGCUGUGGACUUUUGUAUUCCAGUGUGCUCAUUCUACCUCCAUAGUCAGGAUGUUCUAAAACUUUUUAGAAUUUCCUACUUAUUUAUUUAAAUCGUAUAUGCAUUAAUGAGUGCCAUCACCCAUAUAACAAUUUGAAUCAGUUCUAUCCAAAAUGACAUCCCCUAUUGCUUCCCAACAGACAGUUGCAGAACUCCAGAAUUUCACAGCACGAAUAGCUUGAUGUCCUUUGGAUACUCUAUAUGCAGUGGUGGGAUUCAGCCGGUUAGCACCUAUCCGAGAGAACCGGUUGUUGGAAGAAAUCUUAUUUUGUUUUUUCCCACUUUGCAGGGCUAAUCCUGUAAGGAAUUACAACAUUCUGGUGUUGUUUCUAGCCUAAUCUUUAUUGCCCUGCUUACAGAAACUGCCUCUCUGGUUAACCCUUAUUACAUUGUGACAGCUAAAGUGAAGCGCCCAUCGACCUGAGUGAUGUUGAGUUGGCCAUGCCCACACAGUCACAUGACCACCAAGCCACGCCUACCCAGGUGGUCAUUAGGGCAGAGAACCAGUUGUUAAAUUAUUUGCUUCCCACCACUGCCUAUAUGCCAGGAAUUUCUGCCUGCAAAGCAUAGAGCUGGCUUGAAAAAUUGACAAGGAAACAAAAUCCCUUCAACAUUCACUACUUUUGAACACCAUCAGAGCUAUUCAAAAUCUUUCCCAAUGUUGCACCAUAGCCUAUAUAUUUUUUCUUUCUUUCUCUCGAAGGUGGAGAUUUUAAAAAAAAAAAAAUCAAACCCUGUAAACGACAGGUCUCAACUUCUGUUUGUAAAGCUCAGCUAGCUGUCUUUUUAAUCAUGAAGAAAUUUAAAGAAAAAAAAAAAACCCUUCCGCAGUAGUGUUUCCCAACCUUGGCAAUUUCCAGGUAUGUAGACUCCCAAUCAAUCCCGGAAUUCUGCAGUGAGCAUCACCCUUGACAGAAUUCUGGGGGUGGGGUUGAAAGUCCAUUCACAAACGAAGCUGCCAAGGGGGAAACACUUCCACGAGAUUGCUCAAUCGGAUUUUUUCAAGGCAAAGUUCUCUUUUCAUUCCACAGAACCAGAUGAAUUCGAUUUUUGGGAAAAACAGAACCUGGUCAGAAUUUGGAUUGUUUCUCGUUAGAACAGUACUUAGUUCUGCAGGGGAACUUGGUUCUUUUUUUUUGCUUGUGCUCUUAGGAAUCCCAUAGAAUUGUCAUUGAUUCAAGGAGAACUAAUCCGGCCCCGUCAAGCAAUGUUUCGUUUUAGUGUUUUAUUAUCCAAUAGGCAGUAUUUUGAGCCGGCUGUGUAUUUGCAGUGCAUAUUUUGCCGUUUUGUUUUCUCCUGAAAGCCAUAACUGUGAAGAUGCCAAUUCGGGUUGGCUUCAUUGUCGAGGCGAGCUUUGAUAUUUUAGGAACUGUUUGCUGGUGUCAAGGUAGCGCCAGGCCAAAACCAAAAACAUCGACAACUUCCCCCUAAACGUCAGUUUGGGAUCCUUGUUUGGAACAAUUAUUCUUGUGCCAUUUUGCAUUUUUAUUUUAGAGCUAUCAUAUGCUGUUAUUCAAACAACUACACUAAACUUUCUUUGUGAUUUUAGCCUAGAGCUAGGAGUGUUUUCAGCCAGACAGUAUGAAAUGACUUUGAGAGAAAGUAAGUAUUUUCACCUUUACCAUUCCAUUUCCCCAUCCUUUGAGGGAGAAUAAUCUUCCACUAAAUAUAUUUUUCUCCCACAUACCGUAUUUUUCGGAGUAUAAGAUGCACCUUUUCCCCCCAAAAAAGAGGGAGAAAUCUGGGUGCGUCUUAUACGCCAAAUGUAGCCCUGCCCAGCUUCUCAAACGGAGGUUUCAGAGGCUGAAAAAAGCAUCAGAAACGAAGCUUCAGAAAAGAAGCCCCCAAGCAGAGCUUCAGAGGCUUUUUUUCUGAAGCUCUGUUUCAGAGGCUUUCAGAGGCAAGAAAAAAAGUUUUUUCUGAAACAGAGUUUCAGAAGUUUCAGAGGCAAAAAAAAAAGCAAGGCACAGAGCUCACAACCAAGGAACCUGUUGCUAAAAUGCACCUUUGGGAACAGCUGAUUGGGGGUAUUCAGGGAGGCCAAUCCACCUGCCAAUCAGCUUUUUUCUUAUUUUCCUCCCCAAAAACUAAGGUGCGUUUUAUGCUCUAGUGCGUCUUAUACUCCGAAAAAUACGGUAUAUCAGUUUGAAAUAAGAUAUUUAAUACUCUGUCCUGGCUUCAGUAGGGACACCUAUGAGAUAUGAGCUCUAUAUUGCUGAAAAUUAGAAUAAUUUCCAUAGAUGAUAUAUGAUGUUUUAAUCCAAAGAAGAGCGGAUCUCUUGAUUGUAUCUUUAUGCUUCAAUAUGGAUGCUUAGCUAAUCUGACUUUCCAUCUCCAACUACCAUUGGAUUUAAGGGACAAUUUGCCUUUUCAGCAAGAUGUGCUUAUCUAUAUAUACCUCUCUCUUUUGAAUUCUACCCCAGAGCAAACAGAGAACAAGGAAAAGGGCCCUGGAGAAACCAGGAAAGGCUGAUAUAAAGCUGUUUCAUUAGCUCAGAAGUAUCAGGCUUCUAGUUUCUUAAUCUCCCUUGUCUCCAUAGGAGUCACAGAAAUGUGCUAGGCUUGACUUACACCGUUAAAUAUAUUUCUGUUAUACAUGGUGCAUCUCAGUGGUUUCGAAAUUGGUCCUACCUGAACACCCACAAAUGUAAAUGAAUCCUCCCAGCCCCCCCUAAUUGUCAGUCCUGUUGUUGACACUGAACAAGGGUCUUUCUCCUUCGUCGUUUUAAAAUGUCAAUACCGUAUAGGCAGCAUAUAUCAGAGUAGAAGGCAAGACACGGGAUCCAUGGAGCUUCUAAAAACGUGUCCCCAGCCUGGUUUUAACAAAGCCUCUCCCGGGAAUGCGGGUGUGCGUCUCUCACUGUGUAAUCCAGCUGGAACCUACCAGGAUCUGUCUAUGGAGCCUGAUUCACACAGUUUGAGAAGUACUUUCUUAUAGCUUGUAAGCAAUAGUUCGUGCUUUUGGCUUAGAAGGGGCCACAAUCAUCAGUUAGUUUGUAGGAAGCUUUUUUUUUUGGUCCUCUUACUGACUGGGCUGCCAUUGCAGAAAGCAUGUACAUAGAGCUUAAUUUUUUUUUAAAAAAUAGUAUUGUGUGAUGGCGUGCUACACAAAUGCCCUCAUGCGUAGUGUGCUACUCAAGCCAUACCGGAGCAUGUACGACAGAGAAUGCAAACCCAGCCUGGAAUAAAACCAGGCAGCCAAGUGUGGUAAGCAGUGUGAAGCUUCAUUCUAGGAAGAAAAACAAACAAACAAACAAACAUUAAGGGAUCAUGAACAUUUAUAACGGAAUCUUAUUUAUUUUUAGGUUAAGAGCGUGUGUUGUUUUUCUGUGCAUUUCGAAGCAGAACUUUUAUCAUGAAACAUAUCUCGGUUUGCUUUUAAUCGGACAACCUGAGAUAUGCGAUCUUUACCAACUGUAUGUGAACCUGAUAUUUGUGAACAGUUUCUUUAUAUUUAUAUACAUAUAUACAUAUAUAUAUAUAUACAGACAUAUAUAUUAUUGCUUGGGUAAUUUCUGUACACUUGAUAUAUAUAUUUUUUUUGGUAAGAUGAACAUUUGGCUCCUUAUCUUUGAUUACCAAUUGCACUGCUAGCCUCGCCUUUCUCUGCACAAAAAAAAAAAAACACUUGGAAUUUGUUUAGUAGUACUAAGCAUGCCUUCUGAGUAAAUAUCAAUUUUACUGCAGCUACGUGCUUCUCAUUUGCUUAGUAUUGCCUGCUUUUUUCUUCUUCUUUUUCUAUUUUUUUUUUCAUUUAUGAGAUCGGUCCACACUCACGGGAGUUUCAGGAUCAUCCCCACCUGCAGUUACACCAUCUGGAAGAUCAUAUUUUGGAGAGUAGCUAAAAUGAAAACCUACUUGUUGCCUACUAUUGCUUCUCUCUAGGACAGUGAAAGAAGAGAGUAGCAAAGAUUAUUGCAGGAGAAUCAACCUAAGUCUCUUUGCCAGCUCUUCUUCUGUGUCCAGAAUAUACAUGCUUGCAAUGUAGUGUCAAACAUGAUUGCUCAGAAGUCCAAUGGGGAUGACGAAGUUGUAAGUUUAAGAUAGGGCUAUGGCACCGUUCUCCAUAAUGCAAAUUAAUUCACUAUAGAGGUAUAGCUAGAUUUGCUGUUUGCAGGUAUGCAAACCCCAGGGAAAAAAAUAUCUUUAUCAGGGAGAUGUAUCUGUUUAUCCCAGUCUCACUUUCCUGUGCUAGAUGAAGUUGUGACAAAAAAACCUCCCACAGUUAUCUAUUUUCUGGAAUUCAUUUCUGGUUAUAUUUUCCUUGAUGUUUGAAAAGAGAGAGAGAGAGAGAGAGAGAGAGAGAGAGAGAGAGAACAAAUAAGCAGAAUGAGGUACUUUAGUACCAGUUUCUGCUGUAAGGAUAUAGAUUUCUUCAAUCUCCUCCAAUAUAGAGAUAUUUCAAGAUGGCAUAACAUUUAAAAGUGGGUUGACAGCAGUGGUGGGUUUCAAAUUUUUUUACUACCAGUUCUGUGGGUGUGGCUUGGUGGGCGUGGCAUGGCUUGGUGGGCAUGGCAGGGGAAGGAUACUGUAAAAUCUCCAUUCCCUCCCCACUCCAGGGGACGGUUACUGCAAAAUCCCCAAUUCCUCCCAAUCAACUGGGACUUGGGAGGCAGAGAAUAGACGGGGGCGGGGCCAGUCAGUAUUUUUACUACCGGUUCUCCGGACUACUCAAAAUUUCCAUUACCGGUUGUCCAGAACUGGUCAGAACCUGCUGAAACCCACCUCUGGUUGACAGUCUUGAGUCCUUUGACUAAGAAAAUAAAUUCUGUUGUUUUAUUGGCACUGACUUCUGAGUAAACCUGCUUUGCUUUCCACUGCAGGCAUAUAUGUUGUACACACAAACAUGACUCAAAUAACCAUAGCUAUAACUCCAGAACCAAUUAGUGAAUCGGUUUAUAUUUAAUGGCUCACUCUCCAAAACCUGUUCUUUUAGACCGCUUUCAAACCGCUUUUUGUUGUGAAAAGCAGAAAAUCGUCAAGGAUUUCUGUCAUACUUCUGGACAAAAUAAGUUAGUAGUUAGUAGACCCACGAAUUACGAUAAAGCCAAAGUACUUUUAAGUCUCCAGGUAAUCCACGGGAUUCUAAAGUGUUUUUAUUUUGGCUGGAUUAUACCUCACUUACAAUAGUCGGUGGAACUAUUCCUAACACGCUGCAUUGGAAUUGAGUUGCUCUCAAAUUCGAAUCGUCGUAAAGUUCCGUUAGAACUGGAAUACGGAAAUGCGAUUGCACCUGUUUCUGGAUGAGCAAACUACGUAGUUAGGCAAAGCUAAUGUAUGGUUGUAUUGACUUUUGCAUUUUGAUAAAUUUAGACUGCUUGUCCUUUUGAUAAGAAAUCACAAUCAUUGGCAGCUCUUGACCUCUCCAUGGCCCCAUUGUACAGUGAAUUAUAGUCUUAUGUUAGCAGGACAUGUAUGAUUUCUUCAUGAUUAUAAAAACCGGGAGGAAAAAAUAACCUUGUAAAAACGGAAGUGAUUUGUUUCGUGAAUCACGUUUGCAAUCUCCAAACAAAUUGUGUAGCGCCGCGUCGAAGAAGAACCUAAGAGGGGUUUUCAAAUAUAUGGACAUCUAAUUUGAGCUUGGAAAGUCUCUUAGCUCUGUGUUGCCUACAGCCGAGGCCAGAAUGUAUCUAAACUAAUACAUAGUCCUAGCCUAAAAAAAUAAAUAAAAUAAAAAAAUAUCUGGCAAGUGCCAUUGCAACCGAAGGCUUCUUGUUGUGCCUUCGUUGUUUUUGAUAACGCAAACCGAGAAACCAGCAUUUUGUAUCUUUCUUUAUUUUUUUUUCUUCUCAGUUUCUGCAUGACGUUGCAGGUUCAGAAAUCCAGAGCCUUAAAGAAGUGGUCAUUGCAGAAUUGCCCAGGAAAGAACCAAAGCGUUUCCACUUCUCUCACCAAGGCCCGCACACCCCUCUAAUUAUUAUUCUUUUUUAAAUCUACCAGGAAAAAAAAAGAAAGAAAGAAAUACAGAAGUUUUUCUGCACUGUCCUCCAAAUGUUACCUGUGGGGGGUGGGGGAUCUUUAUUUUAUAUUGAAGAUGUAGAUAUUUCUGAGGUUGCUUCUGUCUUAGUAUCGAAUAAUAGGAAUACUCCUCCUUUCCCCCCCCCCUUUUUUUUUUUAAAUUGUGAAACUGAAUUAAGACAUGAGCACAGAUCUCUGUGGUCAGACGUUUCUUAUUCCACUGUAUUGCUUGCUUGGUAAACAUCGUGCUUCGCAUGACGAGUGUUUCUCUUCUUCUUUUCAUACUCCCAAUUAUGUCUUAGCAUCUCACUUUAUGAAAAGAAGGAGAUCGAUACCAGUCUGUACAGGUUGCCUCGUUAAAACAGCUUAUUUUAAAAGGAAAGAAAAACUCAUGCUGGCGAGCCGAGCAUCCGGUGGUUUAUUGCCUUUGUAAAAGAGACCACGAUGCCUUUGUAUUUGCUGUUUGCACCUCCUACGAUCGAUUCCAUACGUCGACUUUUGCCAUGUUUUGCACAUUGUACUGUAUAUACGUAAUGCAUAUUGUAUUUUUUAUAUGUGUAGUACAUUUAUCAUAUAUUUUGUACAUAGUGGCAAGAUUGUAGCUAAGGGGAAAAAAAAAAUAUCUCAGCAAUUUUUGCAAGUCGUGUGUCAAAUAAAACAAGUUAAUAGA